GGUUAGAGUCUGCAUCGUUCCGGGUUAUUGUCAGUUUCGGCAGCUUUGCACAGGGAGAGGACCGCAUCCUGAAUAGCAGUGAGCUGCCUUAAACAGCCAAAUAUUUAUUCGGACAUUAUCAAUAUUGCUUGGUAUUUAUCAAAGAGAAGGUCAACGCAAAGGAAUGUUUGGAACUGGUUUUGUCACCUCAAUUGGAAAUUAGAGUCUUAUAAUCGGGAAGACAGACGUUUUGCGAGAGGCUGUAGACAGACAUCGCCGGAGAAAGUGUAUGCCAAAGGAUUUAAUAGCGUCUCUUAUUUCUCACAACUGCAUUUGUUUCAAAUUUGUUUCAAAGUAUUAGAAUCUGCACGGUUACUCUGUGCUACAGACAACGUUGAAACAUUUUGUUUAGUGGACAAAUUCAGAUUGAUUAGACUAAAUAGGUGAACCACUUUGACCUAUAUGCGUAAUUGCUUUGGGAACCAUUCGCAGCCAUCAAUUCUUUUGGAUUGAGAAUUUCGUUUUGUGACAAAUCUUUUUGGAAAUAUUCACGGGGAAACGAGGAGAAGAAAUUACACGAUAGCGGAUCAUUUUACAGGCUAGUUUCGGGGGGCGAAAGGUUGAGUAUGAUAUGCGUUAGGUGAGAGCACAGUUUAACGGGAGAGACUGACACGCAACACUCCUGAAUUUGUCAACCUGUUAUUUCCCAGGCUUUGAAUUCACGGUCAUUCAGCCCAGGAAACGAAACGCAUCAGUUACAAUAAUAUUGUUCAUUGACGGAAAGAGCAAAUCAUUUAACCAUUGGGUUUUUCAGUUUGGAAUCUGAUUCACUGUCUGAAAAUGUGCAUGAUACUGAAAGAGGGAGAAUAAACUGUAUUGCUGUUGAUCAACAGCGGGUGGUUUUUGGAUUUUGGAGAGCGGAAUGAAUCUGAUUUAUCUCUGGACCGCAACGUUCUGAAGCAGACUACUCAUCGCCAGCUGACCUGCAUGGAAUUCUAAUCUGCACUACGAAACAAUUUAUGGUGAGCUGGUGGUUCCCAUGCAUUCUCCCCGCUACCCCAGUGUGGCUGAGCUGGAUGCCUACGCCCAGAAGAUGCAGAGCAGCCCGCUGUCCAUCAAGAUCUUCCCCACCAACAUCAGGGUCCCCCAGCACAAGCACCUUAACCGGACUGUGAAUGGCUUCGACACCACAGGUAGCCAGCGCUAUAGCCCCUACCCACACCUCCACACCGGCGGCUACACAGGCCUCCUGGCCAUUGUCAAUGCCUCCUCAUCCUCCUCCUUCGGCCCCACUAAGGGCAUCAUCAAGAACUCGGAAGGCAGACGGACUAAGCUCUCCCCAGCCCAAAUAGCUGUGGCCCCGUACCCGCCCCCUAGCAGUAGCACUUUAGCCAAUGGCCACGGCCAGAUGGUGUACCACACGGGGUCCUCGAAGCCCCCUGAAGCACCUGCCCUCUCCCGCUCGGUGCCCCCUAACGUCACUGUGGCCGGCUCUAUGAUCCCCGUGACAGGGGGGCGAGGCCUGGCCCAGCCCCUCUCCCAGUCCAAUCUUCCCUCCAUCCAGAGCAUCAUCUAUCAGAUAAACCAACACUGCCAGGCCCAGGCUCUGCAGCAGGUGUGCCAGGGGGCCACCUCCUCCACCGCACCUUCCACCAACCCCAGCCCCUCCAAGAAGGGUGCGGGGGGUGUCAUGGGCAUCUCCUCUGGCUCCUCAGGGGGUGGCUAUGUGGGCAGCAUUGCGCCCCAGCCUAACCUGGUGUACACAGGAGCGGGGCUGCCGCUGGCGGCCCACAGUGGCGAGGCCAUGAAGGCCGGGGUGUACUCAGACAGUAUGGACUACAUCCUGUGGCAGAAACAACAGCAACAACAGGCUGUGCUUCGCAUGUACAGUGGGGGCAGUGGGGGAGGAGGGGCCAUCAGUAAGUCCCCUGAAAGUUGUGGUGCCCCGGGGGGAGGGGGGAUUAUGGCCAAGGCCCAGGUGUUGUCGUCCUCCUCCUCCUCCUCCUCCAGACCCUACCACUUGACGGGGGGCAUUGGCAGCGGGGGGUGCCUGGACAAGGUCAGCUCCUCCCCUCUGAACUGCAUGGGGAUGCAUGGCAACUUCUCUGUGGGCCAAUACUUUGCCCCGCCCUGGAACAGCGUGCUGGUCACCCCUGACAGUGACUGUUACAACCCCCACCAGGAGCUCCUGAGGACCACCACAGGAGGACCAGCUACGGGGGGCCACAGGGAGAUGGUCUACCACCACCACCCCCACCACCAUCACCACUACCCCGCCAUGGACAGUGGGAGUGGGGAAGGCCUGUGCUGCAGCCUGCCCAGUAAGAGUCAGCUGUGUAACACAUCGGUGCUGAGCAGCAGCCUGCAGUCUCUGGAGUACCUGGUCAACGACAUCCACCCGCCCUGCAUUAAAGAGCAGAUGCUGGGCAAAGGCUACGAGACUGUGUCGGUGCCACGGCUGUUGGACCACCAGCAUGCCCACAUCCGCCUCCCAGUUUACAGAUAGAACGGGGAUGAGAGCGCGAGUGCCAGAGCUCAAGAAUUAAUGAAUGAAGCAAAAUCUGGAUUAAAGGUGAGGGACAGAAGAUCUUGAUUUCCUGGGGAUGUACAAGUCUAUUGAGACUGGCACUGCUUGAAGCAGGGAGGGGGCUCCAGGGAGGGAGACGAUGGCGUUAGUCUGGAUCCUGUGUUGGAUGACAGGCUGGGG